UCUGAACUUUUCUCUCUCUCUCUCUCUGCUAUAUCUUUCUCUGUCUUAAAACCACUGUGUCUGAAUUCUCAAAAUUUCGUGUAUGUCAUUGACGAGGACCAUGUCUCGCAACCUCGAUCUCCGGCAAUCACCGUGAUUCUUCUGCUAAAACGGUGCCGUAUUGGAGGGAUCUGCUGUGGAGAGCGAGUUCGCGUGGUGGUGGUGGUGGCGGCGCAGCCAUGGAGGUUGUUGUUGAGGUUGAGAUAGCUGGCUCGGUGAUUGAGCUGGUGAAUGAGAUAGCUAGCAUCUCUGACUUCAGACCUAUGGUGAAGAAGCAGUACUGCAACUUGGCACGCAGGUUGAAGCUUCUCGUGCCUUUGUUCGAGGAAAUUAGGGACAUGAAAGAUCCCAUCACUGACGAAACUUCGAAAUCCAUGCUUGCUUUUAAGGAAGCUCUUGAAUCUGCAAAGGAGCUUCUCAAAUUCGGAUGUGAAGGCAGCAAGAUUUACAUGGUUCUUGAGAGGGACCAAAUCAUGAACAAAUUCUAUGAGGUGACAGCUCGGCUGGAACAAUCAUUGAAUGGAAUUUCCUAUGAUAAACUUGACAUUUCUGAUGAAGUUAAGGAGCAGGUUGAAUUGGUUCUUGCCCAGUUUAGAAGAGCCAAAGGAAGGGUUGAUGAACCUGAUGUCAAGUUGUAUGAGGAUAUAUUGUCCCUUUACAAUGAUAGUAGUGAUGCAGCUACAGAUCCAGCUGUUCUUAGCCGAUUAGCUGAAAAAUUGCAAUUGAUGGGGAUAGCCGAUUUUAUUCAUGAAUCUCUCACAUUACAUGACAUGGUGGGAGCGAGUGGUGGGGAUCCAGGGGCACGCAUCGAGAAGAUGUCAAUGUUAUUGAAGAAGAUAAAGGAUUAUGUGCAAACUGAAAACCUAGUCAAGGAUGAUAAUGUUGGAGCAAAAGGCCUUCCUUCAAGCGUUAGCAGAUUAGGGUCAAUCGAAAAGAAUCAUCCGGCCCUUGUUAUCCCUACUGAUUUUAAAUGUCCGAUUUCCUUGGAAUUGAUGCAGGAUCCUGUCAUUGUUUCAACAGGACAGACUUAUGAGCGUUCUUGUAUUGAGAAGUGGUUGCAAGCUGGGCAUGGGACAUGCCCAAAAACACAACAGAGUCUCACUAGUACUGUUCUCACACCCAACUACGUGUUACGGAGCCUCAUAGAACAAUGGUGUGAAGCCAAUGGCAUAGAGCCACCAAAACGACCCAGCACCUCUCAACCUAGCAAAUCAGCAUCAGCCUGCACCCCAGCUGAGCGAAGUAAGAUUGAAAAUCUUCUCCAAAAGCUCUCAUCUGGUAAUCCUGAAGACCAGAGAUUAGCUGCUGGUGAGAUCCGCCUUCUUGCAAAGCGCAAUGCAGAUAAUCGGGUCGCAAUUGCUGAAGCUGGAGCAAUACCUCUCCUUGUUGGUCUCUUGUCCGUGCCCGACUCUCGCACUCAAGAGCAUGCUGUGACAGCGCUUUUGAAUCUUUCCAUAUAUGAGAAUAACAAAGGGUGCAUUGUGUCUUCUGGAGCAGUCCCAGGUAUAGUUCAUGUGCUGAGGAAAGGAAGCAUGGAAGCCCGUGAAAAUGCAGCAGCAACACUUUUCAGCCUUUCGGUUGUGGACGAAAACAAGGUUACAAUUGGUUCUUCAGGAGCCAUACCGCCGCUAGUGACGCUGCUGAGUGAAGGUACCCAAAGGGGUAAGAAAGACGCUGCAACAGCACUCUUCAAUUUGUGCAUUUACCAGGGUAACAAAGGAAAGGCGGUGAGGGCGGGUGUUAUUCCCACACUGAUGAAACUGCUGACAGAACCAAGUGGAGGAAUGGUGGACGAAGCAUUGGCCAUUUUGGCAAUCUUGUCUAGUCAUCCUGAUGGGAAGGCUGCGAUUGGUGCUGCAGAUGCGGUUCCAAUUUUGGUAGAGUUUAUUGGGAAUGGAUCGCCGAGGAACAAAGAGAACUCAGCUGCUGUUUUAGUGCACCUUUCUUCUGGUGAUCAACAAUAUCUAGCACAAGCACACAAACUAGGGUUGAUGACUCCUUUGUUGGAACUGGCUCAACAUGGUACAGAUAGAGGCAAAAGAAAGGCGGCACAAUUGAUAGAUCGCAUGAGCAGGUUUCUUGAGCAGCAGAGGCAGCAGCAGGAGCAGGUGGAGGAAGUUCAAACACAAACUGAACCUCAAGCUCAGAAUGAGGAUAUCGAACCACCUUCAAUUUCUAACCUUGAUGAUACCUGAGAUGUCUUGUUUAUACUUUUGUUCAUUUUUGUUCCUUUUGUUAAGUGUUGAAAGAAGCAUCUGUUUGGAGGGUAGGGUGGAAGAUCACCUUCCUACUCCAUUAAGUUAUCAUUUGUUUUGUGUGAUAAUCAGAGAUGUAAUGCAAAAAGCUUUUGAACUUGGGAAGACGAGGUUCAAAGAAAAUAGGCAAGAUGUGCCUGAUAUGAAAAAUGUAUAAUUGUAACAUGUUCAUCCUGCCAAUUUAAUGAAGAAAUGUUUCUUGUA